UGCUGGCAUGUGUGUCCUGGUCCCUGAUCCCCUCUUGUGGGUCUACUGAUUCUUCCGUCUUCCUGUGCCAGAGACAUCGACGGAGCUGUUCAGACCUGCAGGGGUCCUUGGUGAAUCCUAUCAUGGUUAUUUAAGGAACCUUGCCUAGAAGUCCCCACACAAGCGCAGUUCCCCAUCGCCGGGAAGGCGUGGACUCCAAGAUGAUUAUAAAGGAAUACCGGAUUCCUCUGCCAAUGACUGUGGAGGAGUACCGCAUCGCCCAGCUCUACAUGAUACAGAAGAAGAGCCGUAAUGAGACCCAUGGCGAAGGCAGCGGUGUGGAGAUCCUGGAAAACCGACCCUACACAGAUGGUCCUGGCGGCUCUGGGCAGUACACACACAAGGUGUACCACGUGGGCAUGCACAUCCCCAGUUGGUUCCGCUCCAUCUUGCCCAAGGCGGCCCUGAGAGUGGUGGAGGAAUCCUGGAACGCCUACCCUUACACCAGAACCAGGUUCACCUGCCCCUUCGUGGAGAAGUUCUCCAUCGACAUUGAGACUUAUUAUAAGACUGAUGCUGGGGAAAAUCCUGAUGUGUUCAGCCUGUCCCCUGUGGAGAAGAACCAGCUGAUAACAGACUUCAUCGACAUCGUCAAGGACCCUGUUCCCCCCAACGAGUAUAAGACUGAGGAAGAUCCCAAGCUGUUCCAGUCAGUCAAGACCCAUCGGGGCCCGCUGUCGGACAAUUGGAUUGAGGAGUACAAGAGGCGCCUCCUCCCCAUCAUGUGUGCCUACAAGCUCUGCAAGGUGGAGUUCCGCUACUGGGGCAUGCAGUCCAAGAUCGAGAGGUUCAUCCACGAUACAGGCUUGCGGCGGGUAAUGGUACGGGCCCACCGGCAGGCCUGGUGCUGGCAGGAUGAGUGGUAUGGGCUGAGCAUGGAAAACAUCCGUGAGCUGGAGAGGGAGGCACAGCUCAUGCUGUCCCGCAAGAUGGCCCAGUUUACCGAUGAUGAGGGAGCUAUGGAGCUUGCCAAGGACCACACCACCCAGGACCAGGCAUCUGGGGUGCCACCUGAGCCCAGCAGCAGCAACGGGGAGCCCCUGGUGGGGCGGGGCCUCAAGAAGCAGUGGUCCACAUCCUCCAAGUCUUCACGGUCAUCCAAGCGGGGAGCCAGCCCUUCCCGCCACAGCAUCUCGGAGUGGAGGAUGCAGAGCAUUGCCAGGGACUCAGACGAGAGUUCAGACGAUGAGUUCUUCGAUGCUCAUGAGGACCUGUCUGACUCGGAGGAGAUGUUCCCCAAGGACAUCACCAAGUGGAGCUCCAAUGAUCUCGUGGACAAAGUGGAGAGCCCAGAGCCAGAGGAUACACAGGACAGUCUGUACCGCCAGAGCAGCCCAGAGUUCAGGGUGGCCUCCAGCGUGGAGCAGCUGAACAUCAUCGAGGAUGAGGUGAGCCAGCCACUGGCCACACCGCCCUCCAAGAUCCACGUGCUGCUGCUGGUGCUGCAUGGAGGCACCAUCCUGGACACGGGCGCCGGGGACCCCAGCUCCAAGCAGGGUGAUGCCAACACCAUCGCCAACGUGUUCGACACAGUCAUGCGUGUGCACUACCCCAGCGCACUGGGCCACCUUGCCAUCCGCCUGGUACCGUGCCCUCCCAUCUGCGCUGACGCCUUUGCCCUUGUCUCCAACUUGAGUCCUUACGGCCAUGACGAGGGCUGUCUGUCCAGCAGUCAGGACCACAUCCCCCUAGCUGCCCUGCCACUGCUGGCCACUUCCUCGCCCCAGUACCAGGAGGCAGUUGCCACGGUGAUUCAGCGGGCCAACCUGGCCUAUGGGGAUUUCCUUAAGUCCCAGGAGGGCGUGACCUUCAAUGGGCAGGUCUGCCUGAUUGGGGACUGUGUUGGGGGCAUCCUGGCAUUCGAUGCCUUAUGCUACAGCAGCCAGCCCGUGUCGGAGAGUCAGAGCAGCAGUCGCCGAGGCAGCGUGGUCAGCGUGCAGGACGCUGACCUGCUGUCCCCGGGCAUCCUGGUGAACACAGCGCAAUGCUCUGGCAGCGGCAGUGGUGGCGGCGGCGGCGGCAGCAAUGGCUCCAGCCUAGAGAGCAGUCGACACCUCAGCCGCAGCAACAUCGACAUCCCCCGCGGCGAUGGCACCGAAGACUCCAAAAGGCAGCUGCCCCGCAAGCGGAGCGACUCCUCCACCUACGAGCUGGACACCAUCCAGCAGCACCAGGCCUUCCUGUCCAGCCUCCACGCCAGCGUCCUGAGGACCGAGCCCAGCUCCCGCCGCUCCAGUAGCUCCACCAUGCUGGAUGGCACUGGCGCCCUGGGCAGGUUUGACUUUGAGAUCGCCGACCUCUUCCUGUUUGGAUGCCCACUGGGGCUGGUUCUGGCCUUGAGGAAAACAGUCAUCCCUGCCCUGGACGUGUUCCAGCUGCGGCCCGCCUGCCAGCAAGUGUACAACCUGUUCCACCCCGCGGACCCAUCCGCCUCCCGGCUGGAGCCAUUGCUGGAGCGGCGCUUCCAUGCCCUGCCGCCCUUCGGCGUCCCCCGCUACCAGCGCUACCCGCUGGGGGAUGGCUGCUCCACGCUGCUGGUUGAGACCGUGCAGAGAAACCCUGAGCUGGUCCUGGAAGGUGGCCCCCUGGCCCCUCUCCCCCAAGGGGAUGGCUUCCUGGAAACCAGUAUCCCCGUUCCCGCGCUCACCUGGCAAGACGGGCCCCGCCCGAGUCCGGGCUGUGCUGAGUCAGAUGCACUCCAGACCCACAACACGGUCUUCCAAGAGCACGUGGCCCCUUCAUCACCGGGCACGGCCCCAACCAGCCGCGGCCUCCGCAGAGCCAGUGAGAUCAGCAUUGCCAGCCAAGUGUCAGGCAUGGCUGAGAGCUACACGGCGUCCAGCAUCGCCCAGAUUGCUGCAAAGUGGUGGGGCCAGAAGCGGAUCGACUAUGCCCUGUACUGCCCCGACGCCCUGACAGCCUUCCCCACGGUGGCGCUGCCCCACCUCUUCCAUGCCAGCUACUGGGAGUCCACCGACGUGGUCUCUUUCCUGCUGAGACAGGUCAUGAGGCAUGAUAGUUCCAGCAUCCUGGAGCUGGAUGGCAAGGAGGUGUCCGUGUUCACCCCCUCGCAGCCAAGAGAGAAGUGGCAGCGCAAGAGGACCCACGUGAAGCUGCGGAACGUGACGGCCAACCACCGGAUCAACGAUGCGGUCGCCAACGAGGAUGGCCCCCAGGUUGUGACGGGCCGGUUCAUGUACGGGCCCCUGGACAUGGUCACUCUCACUGGAGAGAAGGUGGACGUGCACAUCAUGACGCAGCCACCCUCGGGGGAGUGGCUGCACCUGGACACGCUGGUGACGAACAGCAGUGGACGUGUCUCCUACACGAUCCCGGAGACACACCGCCUGGGGGUGGGUGUCUACCCCAUCAAAAUGGUGGUCAGGGGAGACCACACAUUUGCCGACAGCUACAUCACUGUGCUGCCCAAGGGCACGGAGUUUGUGGUCUUCAGCAUUGAUGGCUCCUUUGCCGCCAGCGUGUCCAUCAUGGGCAGUGACCCCAAGGUGCGGGCCGGGGCUGUGGACGUGGUGCGGCACUGGCAGGACUUGGGCUACCUCAUCAUCUACGUGACGGGCCGGCCUGACAUGCAGAAGCAGCGAGUGGUGGCGUGGCUGGCUCAGCACAACUUCCCCCAUGGCGUGGUGUCCUUCUGUGACGGCCUGGUGCACGACCCACUGAGGCACAAGGCCAACUUCCUGAAGCUCCUCAUCUCGGAGCUGCAUCUGCGUGUGCACGCGGCCUACGGCUCCACUAAGGACGUGGCAGUGUACAGCUCCAUCAGCCUGUCCCCCAUGCAGAUCUACAUCGUGGGCCGGCCCACCAAGAAGCUGCAGCAGCAGUGCCAGUUCAUCACAGACGGCUAUGCGGCCCACCUGGCCCAGCUCAAGUACAACCACCGCGCGAGACCAGCCCGCAACACCGCCACCCGCAUGGCGCUGCGCAAGGGCAGCUUCGGCUUGCCGGGCCAGGGUGACUUCCUGCGCUCCCGCAACCACCUGCUCCGCACCAUCUCAGCCCAGCCCGGCGGGCCCAGCCUCCGGCAUGAGAGGACGCAGAGCCAGGCCGAGAGCGAGCUGCGGGGCCAGCGCAGCCUGAGCAUGGCAGCCAGCUGCUGGGGCCGUACCAUGACCGGCCGGCUCGAGCCAGGGGCAGUCACGGGCCCCAAGUAGGGCACUGUUACGAGGCGCUGUGGUCUCCAUGGUGCUAGGCCAGGGUGCCAGCCCCACUGGGAGGCCUGGCCUGGAAACUGGCAGGCAGCUGGGAACAAGCACAUUUGCGGCCUGGGAGCUGGUUCCAGGGCCCCGUGGGGAUACAGCCAUGCCACAGUCCUCCCGGCCAUGCCUCGCAUCUUAGGGUCUGUGGAAGCUGGCAAGACAUCCCACUUAGCCUGGCCUGGGAGACCCCCCCA